AUGGUGAUAGAGGACUCAGAUGGAGGAAGUGAUGAUGUAGUUGGUACAACUGGUAGAGCUUCAAGAGUGGUAGGAAGAGCAAAAGAUGUAGCCUCAGGCGUGGACACUAUAGAAGGUGCUAUAGGGGCAGGUGGUAUGAUCUCUGUAAGUAUCUUAGCCUGCUGUGCCUGUGGUGGCUGCUCAUCCUAUGGUGGCUCUGGAGGUGUUGGCAUAUCUGGGGCUCUUGGAGAAUAUAUCGCAGUGCAGAAAAGGAAUAGACCAUUUAAAGGAUUGGGGUUAGAACACAUAAACAAAUCUUGCCCUGUCGUUCCAUCUCAGCUCACAAGUACUACCCUCAGAAGUAGCCAAUUCUAGACUGAUAUAUUCUGCCUGAGAGAGCGAGAUCUAUUGAUCAAUUUUGCUGCUGAGAUAUCACAGCUUCAAGCAUAGGGCCUAGGUAGAGAGUAUGCACUUCUUCAGAGUUAUCAACUUGCAAAAGACUUGGGGAGAGCUUUCUCGGAUCGAGCAAUUUUGCAGACCUUUUUAGAUGCUGAAGCAGCUGUGUCUUCUGGUCCACUUAAGAGCAUGUUAAGUCUGUUAAGAUCCAUGCAUGUCUUGAUUAUCUUGGAACAAGAUGCUUCCUUCCUCCGAUAUGGUUACUCGUCACCCGACAAUGCUGCUAGAAUUAGGAAAGAAGUAACAAUACUCUGCAGUGAAUUGCAACCACAUACCCUUGCCUUGGUCAGCUCCUUUGGCAUCCCUGACGCAUUUUUUAGCCCAAUUGCUUUCAAUUGGAUCGAUGCAAAUUCUUGGUCAUUGGUUCAGCCCCAACAAGGGGCCACAAUUCCUCUCUAAAUUUAGAUGAAUCAAAACUUAUACUGCCUGUGGC